AUGGGCUUCUUCGAUGCUGACCUCAGCUACCCCACCGUGCGCACGGAGCGCAUGAAGCACAAGCGCCGUCGCCUUGUGCAGGGCCCAAACUCGUACUUCAUGGACGUGAGCUGCCCGCGCUGCCGCCAAGUGACCGUGGUGUACAGUCAUGCCACCACGGCGGUGGAGUGCAAGGGCUGCUCCAAGAAGCUCUGCCGCCCCACUGGUGGUAAGGCGCUGCUCGUGGAGGGCUGCGGAUACCGCCGCAAGCCGGACCACUAA